AUGAACUUGCAGACUAUUCAAAUGGAUCCAGUUGGUGGUGGACCCGACGUUCUCGCCGUACAGAGACAAUGCCAUCGAGUAAUUGGUUCUCACGAGUCUUUAGAUGAUUCCACUUCGCACAAGUUCAAUCGGCUAGCAGGAUCUGAUGUCGGGCCUGAAUCGGGCUAUCAACGCCGUGUUUCGCUCAUGACCAGUCUUAUCGAGGAGGCGGUUGCCUGUGAAAAGGCCGAGCUGGCCACCGAGGAUGAGGACGGGGACGUCGCAAUUAGUAUAGGCCGGGAAUAUCAUCUUGAUUCUCCGAUGCCACCACCUGUAGCAGCUGGCCGAGCCGCUGGUAACAUAAGUACGACAGGCAUAUUGGUCGGUCGGGGUUCUUGCGCUUCGAAAACCUUUUUAUCGUACCCAUCACAUAAACUUAUGAAGAGGAAACGCUACAUCUGA